AAGUAAAUAAAAUACCUCAAUGAAUGAAGUAAAUCAAAAUAAAAGAAUAAAAUUAGUUUAAUAAGUGUGAAGAAAGCAGGAAAUGGCAUUUAGCGUUACAGGAGCUGAGGAUAACUGCACUACAAUGGCUGAACAAAAAAAUAAUAAAAUCCAGCUGUGCUCAUUUAAGGUCGAGCGGAUUCGUGGGGAUGUCCUUCGUGUCGUGGCUGUGUUACUGUCAGCACUCAAUCGUGCAGUAAGUCCGCCGGAGACGGGAAUUUAGAGUCGUUUGAAUGGAGUCUGGCGGGCCGCGCGGUGUGGCCCGUUCACGGACGGACGUCAUGUGUUUUGAGGUUACAUCCAGCUGUUGCACUUGCGCGCAUCGUUACCUUUAAGAUGCUCGGGGAUAAAGGCUCAUUUUAGCCGAACCCGACACCAUUUUACCGGAGAGUUUGGCGCGAACGCGGCUCGGAUCACCGCCUGCCACCUCUUCCCCGCAGCGCAGCGCCAGUUUUCGGGUUCCUUUAAGCGAAGUGGCGGAGUUAACGGCCGAGCUGAUCCCAUAAAUGUCGGAUUUGAUUAUCUGUCGGCCUACCGAGAAGUGGCGGGGGCGAGAGGGACGGCGCGGCACGAGACGAGCCGAGACGGGGUCCGCGAGGAGGGUGCACACGCCAAAUACUUUCCCUUUAAAGCAGAGAGGGACAGAGGGGGUGAAGAAGAGAUAAAAAAAAGAAAAGGAAGAAAGAGCGAAGGGAGGGAGGGCGAGAGGGAGCGCGAGGGAGCGGGUUUGAAAAAAACAGAAAGAUGUCAUCCUGUCGAUUCAGACACCGAGGCGGAGCCACGGACCGCGGCCGACCGGGAGCGCUCUAGCCGGGGGACGAGCCCUACGCAACUCCGAGGCUCGGAAGCCGACGCUGCGGCCUUGUCGGAGCUAUAAACGAGUCCCGAACAGCCGCUGCUAUGAUUAGCACGUCUCGACUGCUCGGCUUCGCCAUUAAAAUACUUUGCAUGCAGAUUUUUAUUCCAGUCGACAUAAGCAAAUUAAAUUAAACCGCACCAUUAAAGCAAGUACGCAUGAGACCAACCAUUCUGUCGCAUUUACAGAAGCAUCUGCUCAGUGACUGUUUAGCUGCCAUAUUAACUCCUGCCUCUCGGAGGCUUCUUCUCUAAGAAGUGUCAGGGCUUUGGGACUCAUUUCCCCUGUCGGUGGAGGGGAGCUGCCAUACAGGCCUCGCGUUUUGUUUUCACAGCAGCUCCCGGAGCUUUUCUACCUCCCCCUCCUCCACCUCCUCCUCCUCCUCUUCGGUCCCCAGCUGGGUCUCCUUCAGGAUGGACACCUCCUGGAGUAAUUUCCUCUUUCAGACGCCUCCGACUCAGAGUCAGCCCGAGACGCCGCUACAGUCGGAGCUGCUGCCGGAGCUGACCGGCUCGGCUCAGAGUCCUCCGGGCGAGCACAUCGUGACACCGCCGUCCACCGUCGACACGGCCGCCCUGAGCGAGGAGCCGCUGCCAGUCAAACCGCUCACCAAGCCGAGCCGGCCCGCCCACAUCUGCGCCACCUGCAACAAGGAGUUCAAGAACAGCUACAACCUGCGGCGGCACCAGUCGGUGCACACGGGCAUCAAGAUGAAGGAUCGGGCGGCCCGGGAGAAGGAGGACGGAGCGAAGGCCGGCCGGGUGGAGAAGCAGACGGUCCCGCUCUCCCUCCUCCACCUCGCCCUGCCCCCGCAGCAGCCUCCUCCCCCUCCCGCGGCUCCCGGCCAAGAGACCCUCCCCCAGCCCGGCCAGCACGUCAACCAGGAGGGCCAGCCGGUGUCUGUGUCCAUCGCCCCGGCAACAGUAACCAUGGCUGCGCCGCCUCAGCCCAUCCAGGCAGCCGUUGUUGUCGUUGGGUCCAUGGAGCAGAAUCCCAAUCCUAAUCCCAUUCCCAGCACCAAUCAGGUGAGGAAGAACCACGCCUGCGAGGCCUGUGGAAAGGCCUUCAGGGACGUCUACCACCUCAACCGCCACCGGCUGUCCCACUCGGACGAGAAGCCGUACUCCUGCCCCAUCUGCCAGCAGCGCUUCAAGAGGAAAGACAGGAUGAGCUACCAUGUGCGCUCGCACCAGGGCGGCGUGGAGAAGCCGUACAUCUGCCCGCACUGCGCCAAGGCCUUUUCUCGACCGGACCACCUCAACAGUCACGUGCGACAGGUGCACUCCACAGAGAGGCCGUUCAAGUGCACGACGUGCACGUCAGCGUUUGCCACACGGGAUCGCCUCCGUGCUCACCUGAUUCGCCACGAGGAGAAGGUGCCGUGUCACAUCUGCGGGAAGCUGCUGUCGGCCGCUUACAUCACCGACCACAUGCGGGUCCACAACCAAUCACAGCACCACGCCUGCCACCUCUGCAACCGCAGCUUCACCACCCUCACCUACCUGCGCGUCCACGCCCAGAAGCACCACGGCCAGGAGUGGAAGGAGAGCGGCGGGGCGCGGGGGGCUUUCGGCGGGACCGGGGCCGGCGGCGUGCUGCUCUGCCAGCUGUGCGGGGUACAGUGCAAGACGGCCACGCAGCUCCAGGGUCACAUGGGCACCCACGCCAACCAGGGCGACCCCACCCCCGACCAGACGAGCACGGGGCCCGUGGGCACCACCAGCGUGGCGGUCACGGUGUCCAGUGCUAGCACAGUGGGACUGCUGGUCACUGACUGCUCCGGUAUCGCCCCGCAGCCCCACAGCUAGCACGCUGGGGGGCGAGUGGGGGCAGGGGAGAGCUGGGGUGGGACUGCAGGGAAGGGGAUCAGGGGCGGAGGUGGGGUGGAGUCGAGGGGGGAGUCGCAGGAGUCGAGGCAAAAGGAAGCAAGGACACGUAGGAGGAGCCACCGGAGCAGGUUGUUUCCUGCCACAUCUGGAUGGAGAGUGCCACGACUUCUCCGUGGCUCUGUGAGGACGGCGACCUCGGUUUGUUCCCGCGACGCCCACCUCUGUCAGCUGACCGGCCUCCAGCACUGGGAGGCGCUCUCUGCGUUCACACUACCGACUCUGGAGUCCUGCACAACAGAGGACCCAUCAGUUAUUAACUAAUGUGUGUUUUUAUUCUCCUGGCUUGGCGCUUAGCUGUUAUCAUCACUUCAUUGUUUUCAUUUUCAGCCGCUCUUGAUUUUUGUAAAGCCGCCGUCGCCAUUUUUACACCAUUUCUGAUCCAUGAUAUCCGUGUUUAACACCAGGAAACUGGCCCAGAGACCUCAGUAACACCAUUUAUCUCAUUUUCUCUUCUAAUUUAUUGCCAAGCGGUAUCCGGUUUGCCUUUGAGUGGGGAGCGGGUGUUUCUGACGGCCCACGCUGUACAUACACACUUUUAUAAAGCAGAUAACGGCAGACCGAUAGUUGUUUGUGGAUAUUCCCCCUGAACACUGAAUGUGCAUAACUUCUCUGCUUCGUAUGAUCUUCGUUCUUACUCUGGAUGCUGAUUUGUAACUCUUGAACUUGCCAUGUAAUUUGUAGCUACCUUGGUGACACAUUUUCUGUGGCUGUGCAUAUUGAUUGUACUUGAUGCAUAGUGCAUAGCGCCUCGUUACUGUUACUGUAUUAAAAGGCAGUAAAACGCA